AUGGCUCCCCCAAGUUAUCCAAACGAAGCCCAUCCUAAGCCUCUUUUCUCGGAUGAUCUUACAACACACAAAUCAACCUCCGAGCCUCCUGUGCAGGGUGCCGUCUGUGCAAUCCAGGCCCUCGGCUAUGCACGCAUUGGCUUAGGGGCAGCAAGCCUCCUUGCCCCGCGCUUAAUCUGCGGACUAUUCAGAUUCUUUAUUUCCAAUGAAACGGCCACUGUUGUUCGAAUGUUCGGUGUUCGUGGUGUUGCUUUGGGUCAUCUUCUUCUUAACGCCGACGAUAAGACGCUGUCCGGCAGGGCAGAACUGAAGAGAAUGCUCUGGGCCAACUUUGGAUGCGACAUGGCGGACAUUUGCAGCAUUGCAUUCGCGGUCGCCAGCGGGCAUAUGGGUAGGCUGCCGGGAACAUUUCUUGCAGGAGGUGCAGCGGUUUGUGUUGCCCUGGCGCUUCUGGGAGUCAAGGAUGUUGAGGAUUUUCAAGUCAUGGCUUCCAAGCAUGAGUGA